AUGACCAGGGGAGGAGGGAGAGGAGCGGCCCCUCUCCACAGGAUCCGCCUGAAGGAGGAUGGAACAACAAUUCCAGUGGUCCUGUGGAGGGAGGCCGCCCUCCGCCCUCUGCAGCUGGGGGCCGCCAGCGUCGUGACACAUGUAAAGAUGGAGAUGAGUGACUUUGGCCCCCAGCUGCAGUCCACCAGUCACACCAGCUUCCAGGAAAUCGAGGGACAGAGGACCACCAUCACGGUGGUGGGGGCCGCCCUCCAAGAGGAUGAGGAGGGCAUUGUGGAGCUCCUCACAGAGGAUGGCGAGGUCCGACGGAGGGUUAGCGACGAAGGCCCAGCAGCGUCUCCACUUCCUGAGAGUCCUCAGGAGAAACAACCUUCACAGCCUGCAAUCAUGGAGGCCUUCAUUAAGUUCGCCUAUACAGGCUCUGCUGCUGUGACCGCGCACAGUGUGGAGGACCUCAUGAUCAAGAAUGACGAGUACAACUUAGCCGACAUCGAUGGGGGUCCUGACGUCCCCCGCUGGUCCCACUACUUCCCACUCAAGGCAUUCUGGGUCAGCCUCUCGGCCUUCCUGCUCCUGCUGGUCGUCACCCUCCUCCUGACGCUGCUGCCUCAGCCCCACGCUCAGCCGUCACACACUGUGAGGAUCUCCGCCUCCGAUCAGACCGGCGCUCCGAUCAACCAGUCGGCCGUCGUGGACCAGCAGAACGACGUGGUGGUGUUCUCCGUGACCUCGUCGGCGAAUCGGACGUCCACCGUGCUCUUCGACGUGAAACACGGUUUGGUUUGUUACAAGCCGGUGCAUCAGGACAGCUGCUUCCUGCGGCAGAUGGAGCAGUCGGACUACGACAACGUGAACUCCCUCCUGCAACAGGCUGCUCCCCAGCAGAGCCAGAUCCAGCUGUCUGGGAAGGACAUGCAGAGGCAGACGGAGUUCCUGGGAGUCCUGGCAGCCAGCCAGGUCAACGUGUCGUCGCUGGAGGAGCCUCUGCAGGCCCUGUGUCAGGACAGGCCGGUGCACUGGACCAGGAGGGCCGAGGGUCCUGGUAAACAGCGGCUGGUCUACUUCUGCAUCGACAUCUGCUUUCCCAGCAACAUCUGCGUGUCCGUGUGUUUCUACUACCUGCCAGAGUGACUCUGAUUCUCUGUAACCUGCCAGCGAAAGAUCAGGGAAACAAAAGUUGU